AUGUUGCGGUUGGUGCGAAAUUGCUGUUUGUUGUGGCUGAUCCUGCUGCAGUCCACGCCUGGAUCAGCCUCAGUGCCCAAGUUGCCAACAGCCUUUGUAAAGAACUACUCGGGCAAGCAUGAUAUCUGUGACAGUGCCAUUUCAGACCAAGUGCUGUUCUGUCGAGGUGGAGCUUCUCGGAGCAAGAAGAAAUCAUCGAAAAAAUCAUCUUCCAAAAGAACUGCUACAGGAAAGAAGCAGGUUGGUGCCAAAUCAGAGGAGCAAGCCAAAAGCUCUGCUCUCUCCGACACCCUCAAGAAAUACAAACAGAUACUGCCAUUGACGAGAAUCUACAUUUCCAUGGUGGGAUUGACCACUCUUCUAGGGUUGGUGUUGGGCGAUGAACUCUCACAAGGACUGUUGGCUUUAGAUCCCAUGCGACUCCUGUAUGGGCUCGAGAUAUGGCGCCCCUUUACAGCUGCUUCCUUCCUGGGGCCUCCAUCCAUCGGAUGGCUCAUGAGUGGUUAUUACCUGUUCGAGUACGGCUCGUCUCUGGAACGAGCCUAUGGCACACCACAGCAUCUCAUGUUUUUGCUGUCACAAGUCGCUUUGCUUUCUAUAUUCAGUGUUCUAUUCGGAAUGCCUUUCUUCGGACAGUCCAUGAUCACCGCCAUGGUUCACGUGCUAAGCCGGGCUUUGCCAAAACAAAAGGUCAAGUGGAUCAUUUUCACGGUUCCUUACUGGACGUUACCCUACGGGCUGAUGCUCAGCGAUGUACUCCAAGCACAAAAUGCUGCCGCGGCGGUACCUCAUGUUUUGGGCAUUUUAGCAGGGCACUUUUAUCACUUUCAUAAAUUCGUAUGGCCCAAAGUGGGAGGUGAAGAUUGGUUGGUUGCUCCUGGUUUCGUGGUGAACAUGUUGACGCCAAAGGCUUCUACUCCCAAACCAGUCGUCACCAAAAGGAAAAAGGGACGUAAACUCACAGCAAAGAAGUAG